AUGGGUGACCUAGUGCCUAGGGACAUCUCGGAGAUCUUAGCCCGGGAGGGGAGGGCUCAGCGUGGCCAGAGGAAGCCCGGAGGCUCCCUGGGGCAAGCUUUCAGCUGGUUUAAAGGAAGCCGGAGGAAGAAGAGUAUAAGCAACGGACCCAAUCGGACAGGGACUGGAGGGACGGAUGUGAAACUAGGAUUUCAAAACGACGACCCUGUCAAAGCUGGCUCCAAGGGGAACGAAGACCAGAGGAGGUUGGCAGUCCUCUACACGGCCUCCCAGCACUACCAGGAGAAUGUGUUCAUCGAGGGCAGCAGGCCACAGUACCUGGAGGACCUGCACACCGAGGCCCAGGAGGGACUCAAGAUACUGCAGCAGGAAGAAAACAAUGGCAUGAACUUUCCGGAUGAUGAGAGCAUCGCUUCCACAGACACUCUGCAGCCAGAGCAGGACACCAGCUCCAAGGACAGAGGCAGCUCUCCUGAGUCCGGCGUGUCCAUCGGGGAUUCAGUUACUGCUGUGUCAGCUGUUUCUACCAGACCUGUGCUAACCCGCCAAGGUUCCACAUUCAAGCCUCCAAACCCAGUGAAGAGGUUAGAUAAAGGCAGGAGGAGGAGCAGAAGGACCACCAUCAUGGGUAUACCCAGCCAGGUCCAGAGAGAGCUCGCGCUACACAGAUGCUCUACAUUCCAGCAGGUCGCUCCUACCCAGCUUCCAAAUGGUGAUGGGCAGGAUAGUGAUGGCCAAACAAGUGCUGUCAUCAUCCCUACCAUUAAUGGAGAGACUCCAGUCGCCAGUCAGGAGGGAGCAAGGGUGCACCUCUCUGAUCUGGAGCAGGCAACCAGAGAAGAGCAGUUGCUGAGGCACCAUCUGCAUGCCAUCUACCAGAAUGAGCAGCCCUUCAGUCACCAGGACUUUGGCUCAGGUCUCUUUCCUCUCUCCAUUCAGCGGCCCAAGUCUCUCGCUGUGCCUGGAAUGACCACCUCCUCUUCCUCUCCCUGCACCAUGUUUACCCUUCUCCAGGAGCCCCAGGGUCCAGUCAUGUCCAUCUCCCCUCAGGCCACAUAUUUGUCUAAGAUCAUCCCUAACGCUGUCUUGCCGGCAUCCGUUGAAGUCAUCCAGAUUGACCGCAGCAGCAGCCAGACCCGUGGAAGCAGCAGUAACCAUGGUGGUGGAAGUAUUCGCACUGUGAGCAAAAACAGCUUGACAUCUGGGGAUUCAUCAGUUAGCCCCGUGUUGUCAAGGAAAUCAGAUGGAGAUGAUUCCCAUGUUGAGAAUUCCCAUAAUUCCACACCACUGCCCACAUCAGUUUCAGGAUCUAACUGGAGCCAAUCCCGGUCUUCUGAGACCAUUAUUUCAAACACUUCCAUCAUCUCCUCAAAGGAGAGCACAGGCAGUGGCAACCCACAGACAGUGGCCAUCACUGGGCAGGAAAGCCAGCCAGUGCUGCCUGGAGGAGACCAGGUCCAUGCAAGUCUUCAUAGCUGCAUUAGCUGGGUCAGCAGCCCCAGUGGAAAGGGCCAGGGAACUGAUUCUGGUGUUUCAGGGUCAGCCACUGCAGGAGAGAGUAUGAAGAAUAGCCAGUCUUUCAUUCGCAGUCUUUCUGUCAUGAAAAACAAGCUUCCACCAGCUCCUCCGCGAAGAACCAACUCUCUGCACAGUAACAAAAUGAGAAAGAACUCAAGAGAUCUGGUGGAUGUCAAAGACCUCAGUGAUUCUGUCCCUGGAGAGGUGAAAGCAUCCACGAAGGAUGUUUUAUCAGACGAUAAGGGCAGAUUGGUCACUGCAGAUAUCACUCCAGCAUCUGUAUCUAACUCCCCUAGGCCGAACUGUCUGGAUGAUUCCACAUCAGCAGCAUCAUCCACCACUUUCACCCCCUCACAGGGCUCCUCGGGUGGAACUGGAGGACCUGCAGAGCCCCAGUCAGAAUCCAGCAGCUCCUCCCCACAGAAAACACUCUCUGAAGGGGGUAAAUUUGAAAGGACCAUGUCGCCCUCCAGUGGCUACUCCAGUCAGAGUGGAACCCCAAUCCUCUCCCCCAAAGGGAUCCCCCCCACCUCCCCAGCCAAACAGAAAAAGAAACCAGUCAAACCAGAGAGAUCAGGGUCUCGGGCCUCAUCUUCUGCAGCUUCAGCUUCCUCCUCUCUUACCUCUCUGUCAUCUACUACUUCUGAGCCUGUCAAUACAGACGCCUCAGCUAGCAGCCCUAGUCCACCUCAACAGGGAUCUCCUCCCUCUAUUGCAGGGGCAGAGAAAAGUAUACAAGUAAACUCCUCUUCGGCAACCCAUUCAAUCAGAGAGCUGUUCAACAUUCCACCACCUCCCAAGGUUAAAGCCCCUUGUGCUCCUCCUCCAGAAACAUGGGCUCACAACAGCCACACCUUUGAGCUCCUAUGUGGGCCUUGCCCUAAUGUCAACAGACAGACACAGCAACAGGUACUGCCGCAGAUGAAGGACAGCACAGUUAAAAAGGCAGAAACUCAGACUGCUGUAAGCAAAGAGUCACAAGGUUUAGCUGAAAAACAGUUAAUUCUAGAGAAACCUGUCACACAACAUUCAGAAAGCAAAGGAAGCAACUUUCAGGAAAAGCCUGACACAUUCUUAGCACCAGCGACAGAAAGUAUCAGUCAGGAGCUUAAGGGUAAGGAACAUCCAAGUACAGAAGAAGAAAGGCAGGCAAUCCCAGAGAGGAUGGAAGCAAAUUUGGAAGUUCAGAAGGAGGAGCAGAGUGGUAACCCAUUGGACAAGGACACUAAAAGUCAAGAGACAAUGCCAAAGAAAGAUCCCCCACCUGUCAUGAAGAAAACCAUGCUGGGAUUAACAGAUAGACAGAGGCAGGCAAUGUGUGGCAGUGUCACGACCAAAGUUAAUUUACCCGAGGAACCCAUGACUUCAUCACAAGCUGAGGUUAAGAUUCUAAUUGAUAAGAGUUGGGUUGAGAUGGACAGAGGUGAGGCAACAUCCAUGCAGAUGCUUUCUACAAAUGCUCCAAAAGUUAGUAAAGUCUCACCUCCACCUUCCCCUCCACCUUCCUACCAACCUACACCACCUCCCUCCAGAAAGACACCUCCCUCCUCUGUAUCCACCCCUCCCCCUGAGGAAUUAAAAGAUGUACAGGAGGAGGAGGCCCAUAUUGCAGAGUCUUGCUGGCCACCUCCACCACCUCCUUUAGAAGGGGACUCAGUCUUUGAUGGAGUGGAUGAGAUGGACUUCCCUCCUCCUCCUCCUCCUCCCUUUGUGACAGACAGUCUCUCAGAUGUAAUGGACAUUUGCAACACAGAGAUGGAUGAUCUAGGCAAGCCUGUUGUGGCUGUAGAGGAAGUGGGAGUGACAGUGAAAGAAUGCACUGAAUCUGAGAAAGGUAUUAAUGGAGACAAUGCAGAGAUACCUGUAGUAAUAAGCCAAACUUUACUGGACGGGACAAGACCAGAAGAGGCUUUUCCAGGUUCCAAAGAUGACACCAUUGAUAUAGACAAUGCUUGCAGAUCAUUACAGAAUGUUUCAUCUCUAUUAGAGGAUGUCCCACCACCACCAACUGAGGCUCCUCCUCCACCACCACCUGUAUCAUUAAUGGCACCAUCAAGCUCUUGUUUAGCGGCCCACAGCAGUGUCUCCCUGCCAUCACCUGUACAAAUUGAAGACCAAACACCCCCUGAACCCCCUGUCAGUUCCCCACUUCCACCCCCAAUAAGUGUUCCAUUAGCACCCCCUCCACCAACUGAUAAACAAGCCCCUGGUGGGAAUUUCAGAAGGCAACCCAGUCUGGGAAACCGUGACACCAGGAGCAAGGAGCUCCUAUCCCGACACAAAAGUGCACCCAUUCCCAAAGAGGAUGCUAACAUACCUCUGGUCACACCCUCGCUACUUCAGAUGGUGCGUCUCAGAUCAGUCAACAUGGUUGAAGAUCAGGUGAAAGCCCCCACAGAGGACAGCAAACCAGCAAACGGGGGAGUCCCAGCUCAGGAGAUUUGCCCAGUUUCAACCCUAGGAUCUCAAAGGGUUCCACAAAAGCCCAUACGCAAAUCGCUGUCCAUUAAAUCGCCGCCUCAAAUGGUAAAAACAUCUUCUGUGACACUGAAUGCCCCAUCUGUGCGCUUACAGGAGGCCAUCCGCAUGAAAACCGCAGCUAUGUCUUCAAGAGAUGGUCUUCCAUCCCGACUUGGUGUGAGAUCACUUGCAAACAGCGGCAUCACUGAACCUGGGGCUUCAUCGCCCAAGUCACCCGAAGGGGGUGACAUGCACAAGUCUCCAGCCUCCACUGCCAGCUUUAUAUUCUCAAGGAGUACGAAAAAAGUUGUCAUAGAAACACCAGUUGCUUCCACACCUGAAACUCAGGCCAGUCUUAAACAAAGCUUGGCUGCAGAGCUCAUGCAGGUCUCUGACCAAUCAAAGUCCACUGCUUUCCCUAUUGGUGGGGUGAAGGUUGUAAAGAUUCCACCUCCUGUCGCAAAGAAACCAGUCCAUGGAAGCACCAAUCCUUCACAAAAACCUCCUCCUUGUUUGGAAAAGAUGGAGCUGGAUAUAGAAGCAAAUGGGGCAAUAGGAAAAGUACAACCUGCUGGCCAAAAUCCACUUCCACUGGAGACAAGAACUACAACACUCACAUCAGACACAAUUGAAACAUUAUUUUGAAAAAGACAUUAAAAGAGCAAAGACUGAACUCAAACCGGAGGAAUGGAGGAACAAUAAUAAAGCAAGUAGAAGACAAACAACAGCAGGAGACAAGAAGUGGACGCAAUUCUGAAACAUUUAAUUCAACUAUCUAUGGGUGUUUUCGUGUGCAAUGUCUUCUCCAAAAGCCUUAGCCUAUUAUGGCCCUACUGCGUAUUUAUGCAAAAAAAAACAACAAAACAGAACAAAAACAAAAACGUGUUGGUCCGAAUUUCUUAAAAUAGCUUUGUUCUGGAGUAUUUUUCUAAGCAAGAGUUUCCUCUUUUACAAAAGCCCCUCAGGAUGAAAUUGUGUCUUAAAGUGGGUUUUGUAAAUAUUUUGCCAUAAGAAAUGGCGCCUCCCAGAGGUUCGACUUGUCACUGCAGCUCAGAAAAGUCAGCAAAUCUUCAGCCAAGCUUUUCUGCGUAAAAGCUGACGAUAGUCUACUAGUGUUAUUUUCCACUUACAAGUCUUUUUCGUUUUCUGUAAUGUUCACUAAUCUAAUAUAGAUUCGUACAGCUCUGAUAACACACACACACACACAAAAAAGAAGCAGACAAUGGCAUCCAGCACAAGGACCUUUAUCAGAUGGGAAAUCCUUGUUUAUAAUUCAGUUGCAAAGCUGAUAAAAUACUUAAUCUGCUCAAAAAUACCCAUCAUACUCAAUUUCAGACCAGGUAUUGUCUGUAUUAGUACUUGAGAGACAGAUGACACAAAUUCACCAGAACAAAAGAGAUGACUCGCCAGUUGCAAGGUGGGGGAAAGCACUUUUGUAGUUUCAGUAGAUAAGCUGUUAAGAUUUAGACAAAAAAAAAAGCUUUCCGGUUGAUACAAUGGUAGAAACUUAAAUUAGCUGCUUAAGACCAAUAUUACUUCUAUGCUAUUUAUUCAUGUGUGGCUGUUUCCACUGGUAGCACUGCCAGUCAUCUCCUAUCAAAUAUAAAAUAUUUAAGAAAGGCUUCCAUUUAUUAAAUAUUUUCUUUUUGAAUACCAAUCUUGGAGCUGUGGAUGUAAAGAUCUGCCUUGGAUGAUUGAUACACUGGAGUAGAAUUAGUGUGAGGCCACUUUUUCCUUCAAGGAUGUGAAAGGAUCUUCUUCUCAUACAACUUUGGCCCGAACCUAUUUGGUGGAAAACCCAACCCGCUGUUAUUUGCACAAAAUGUCCUUACCCAGAAAAGUUAUCGGUCAAUGAAUAAUUUUGACUCACUUUACUGUGAGUCGUAAAAAGUAUACAUUUUGAUGAUGAAAAAGAAAUGAAAUGUACAGUUAUUACUUCUAUAAAUAAAAUUAAACAGUAUUAAAAAAAUUGUUUCAUUGUAUUCGUUCUUCACAGCUGUGGCGUAAAAUAGCUAAAUUUGAUUAAAUUAACUCCUCACGGGGCGUCCGGGUAGCGUAAGUCUAUUCCGUUGCAUGCCAACAUGGGGAUCGCUGGUUCGAAUCCCCGCGUUACCUCCGGCUUGGUCAUGCAUCACUACAGAUACAAUUGGCCGUGUCUGCCGGUGGGAAGCCAGAUGUGGGUAUGUGUCCUGGUCACUGCACUAGCGCCUCCUCUGGUCGAUCGGGGCGG